AGGUUGCUGUAAUAUCUACCCCCCCCGUUUCUUGCCAAGGCUCUCUCAAUGUCUAGAGCAGACUUCAUGUAUGCCAGCGACGAUUCGUACAGUGGCUCGUUAGAUUCUCAAGAUGGGUUCUAUGAAAACAAUUCUUUUGAAGGGGAUGGGCUCGAGUCGUACGACGAGAUGUAUGACUACGACAGCGAACACUCUGAGGGAUCAUGGUUCGGCCAGCAGUACGCCGUUCCAGGGAUCCGCGGACAGCAGUACGGCAGUCGACCGAUGGACACUGACGAUCGAACUUCUCAGAGCGGCGAAGUUAGGCCCGUAGUCUGCCAUAUGUGCUCCCGUUCCUUUGCAAGAAUGCCGAACCUUGUGAGGCACUGGGGAGGAAACAUCGACCCGGUGCAACUCGACUGCUACACGUGCAGUCGUCAGUUCUGCAGUGACAGUGCGUUACUUCGGCAUAUGCAAGACGCGCAUGGAGAUGACCCUCACUGCUGCCCUCAUUGCGGAAAAUCUUUCUCGUCGAGGAAUGGCCUAAUGUCGCACAGGGGUUUCGAGCCAGAUGUUCUCUAUCACGAGUGCAACUACUGCGAUCGAUCCUUCUGCAGUAGAAAGUCAAGAGACCAGCAUGAGAGCAGCUCGCACGGUAAUGAGUGCGAAGUGUGCAACACGCAGUUUGCAUCGCGAAGGCAGCUUGAGAAUCACCGAGGAGGCGCUCCUUUCAACGCACGGUUUGACUGCAGGAUUUGCGGGCGCUGGUUCUGCAGUGCAAGGAGUCUCAUGCAGCAUGCAGACAUGUCGCAUCACGGGUUUGAAUGCCUGCGGUGUCCAAUCUGCCGUACAUCGUUUGCAAACCUCGGACAGCUUCUCCUGCAUUGCGAUGGUGUGCGACCGACACAUGCCUUCCACUGCCGCGUCUGCUCGAGGCCAUUCUGCAGCAUGAGCAGGAAGAUAUUUCAUGAGCAGAACGAGUGCAACGUCGGUUCCUCUCCUGAUCUCCUGGAGGACUUCUGGAGCUCCGAUGGGCUUCAUAGAGCGCUAGCUGAGCUGAUCCGACGAGCUCAGAGCAUGAGCUCAGAGCAGCAGCAGUCCACUGCCUCCCGCGUCAUGUCACGGCUGCAGCCUCGCGCAGCAACACACGAGGAAAAGGACGAUAAGGAAGGAUGCAUCUUCUGCUUUGACAACUUUGGCUCUGCGGUGUGUUGCUGGGAGCUCGCUGUCAUUCUCUGAGGCCAUGCAGGACGUGACGACGCUGCCGUGCUCGCACACCUUCCACUACAAGUGCAUGAGACAGUGGGCAAUGAACAACUCCUGCCCUGUAUGCAGAGCACAGAUAUGUCGAGACCCACCCAACUCGAACUCGGACUAUCUCAGGUCCUAGCAAGAGCGCCUCCCGUUGGAAGCGCGUCUACCAGCCAUCUGUUAUGCAACUGAUAUCCCUGCUUG